CAGUCCUCAGGGACCCCAAGAUGCUGUUGCUGUCUCCCAGUUCCUCGGGAGUUGGAAGGGACAAAAAACGUGCCCCAUCCGGGGCUCCCCGGGGCCCGGUUUGAGAGACACUGCUCUCUACCACUUAAUUCUGUUCAUUCCUUUAAUGCACCUUGUCAAUCCUAAUUAUGGGACAAAUGAUUAAUCAAUUACUUAAUCAUCCAUAAAUAAUUGCCUGAAUGCUAAAUUGUCUGUUUUGGGUGCUUGCAUUAAUCAUUCAUCAAUUUAUCAGUCUUCCAACCUCGUAACCAGUUCACCAGCAUGAGGAUCCUUGAUCUCUGCUGGUAUGAGACAUGUGGCAGGGGAACUUCCUGCAUGGGAUAACUCCGUUGUGAGACAUACACAUAAACUCACCCACACCCACACAUUAUAGGCAAUUUUGAUUCACCAGUUAACCUAAUUUCAUUUGUAAUGGGAGAAGACAUAUGCAUUGAGUUGUAGAUGGAACACAAGGAACAGUAAUGGUUAGAUAGGUCUACUUCAUUAAGUCAUUGGUUUGAUGGAUUGGGGGGGGGCAAUGGUGAAAGUUUUCGAAAAGAGGGGGGGCAGGCCUUUAUGAGGUCCCUUUCUGGCGAGACCCCUGAGCUUCGGCCCGGGUAAACCCUUGCAUUAAAGCAGUCUGCAUCCGUUACAGAGGAACAACACUCUACACAAGGUGAUUUUGGAUCUUGGCCUCAGUUUGAGAACUGUUGCCCUAGUUGCUUCUGGAUUCUCUUUGUCCUCUACAGCUUUACAUCUCGGAGACUGCCCACGAGCGUGUCCGAGGGACAUUGGGGUCCUGCGUGCAGCUCAUGGUGGUGACGGGGAUUUUGGGAUCUUACGUGGCAGGUCUGGUGCUGGACUGGCGCUGGUUAGCGGUGACCUGUUCCGUGCCUCCGACCGCCAUGCUGCUGUUCAUGUGCUUCAUGCCGGAGACUCCCCGCUUCCUGCUGUCGCGGGGCAAGCGGCGGGAGGCGGAGGAGGCCCUGCACUUCCUGCGGGGACCGGAGGCCCCAGUCGAGUGGGAAUGUGCUCAGAUCGAGGGAACCACCCGGGAGCAGGACAGCCGCCUGCAGCUGUCCGACCUCAAAGACCCUGGCAUCUACAAGCCCCUGCUGGUGGGAGUUCUAAUGAUGCUCUUCCAGCAGCUCACGGGCAUCAACGCCAUCAUGUUUUACGCUGAGACCAUCUUCGAGGACGCUCACUUUAAGAAAAGCGACGUGGCUUCGGUGAUAGUCGCAGCCUUCCAGGUGACCUUCACGGCCCUGGCCGCGCUGGUUAUGGAUCGGGCUGGGAGGAAGGUCCUGCUCAUUUUGUCAGGGGUUGCCAUGGCAGCCAGCACAGCAGUGUUCGGAGUGUACUUCAGGUUGUGCGGCCCGAAUCCCAGCAAUUCCUCGGACUUCAACCCCCCGCUGGUGUCCGACGGCCCGCAAACCGAUUUGUCCUGGCUCGCCCUCACCAGCAUGGGCGUCUUCAUCACUGGCUUUGCCCUUGGCUGGGGACCCACCCCUUGGUUGGUGAUGUCAGAGAUUUUUCCCACCCCUGUGCGCGGUCUGGCCAGUUCCGUCUGUGUCCUCACCAACUGGAGUGCAGCUUUUGUCGUCACCAAGACUUUCCAGGAUCUCACAAACCUCCUUUCCAGUGCUGGGACAUUUUGGCUGUUUUCCGCAUUUUGCGCACUCAACAUUGUUUUUACGAUCUUCUGUGUCCCAGAGACCAAAGGCAAAACCCUGGAAGAGAUCCAGGCUCGUUUCAAAGGGACAGCUUAGUGUCGUCCUCCAGACAGACAGAAUCAGAUGGAAAAAAUGUUAAGACCUGGACUGGGGAAUUUCAGCCUGAUGAUGUUACUUAUUGGUUGUGCCAAUAUUAGUUUGGCAGGUGUGAGAUGUCGUUUUUGUGCAUCCCUCCUGCUUGUUGUGAUUCUCAGUGGCUGACACUCACCUGCCUUGCUGAAUGGAGUUUGCUAGCCACCAUACACUAAUCCCAAGUCUGUUUCAGACUACUGUAAUUAUCAUUUUUUGGAUGUCAUUCUUGGGAUUGUUGUAUGCAAUAGAGUAAAUGAUUAUUGUGUGUUGUAAGCAAAGUAUGGACAAUUGUGAAGUGAAUAAUAAACUGCCGGUCUAAUAAACCACUGACCUAUAAUGCUAAA